UGACCAUUGAUAGAGACCACGAGCUGUUCUCGAAGUCACCACCCUGCUCCUCCGGGGGGACCUGCUUCUUCUUUGCUGCUCCUUCCUUGACCCUGGAUCUCGCCAUUGUUGCCAUUGCCACUGCUCCCUACCUACUCCUCCUCUUGCUCCUCCUAGCUUAGCUCUGGACCCGUUUGGAUCGCACUGACUCGCUGACCAUCACUGUGAAAUUGGGAGCUGUGGGCAGAAAGACUAGGCCUUGUAUUGUUCAGAGAAUCAGAGAUUGAAGAUGGAUAGGAGGAUUGGCCUUACCUCACCGUCACCAAAGUCGACCGAGAAGUCCGGGAGAGACUUGAGAUCCGGAGGUGACGCCAAUGGCGGCGCAAACACUAACAGUAACUCCAUUCCCAGAGGUGAUAAGGAGAAGGGAGUCAAUGUGCAGGUCAUUCUCAGAUGCAGGCCCAUGAGUGAUGAAGAGACAAAGUCGAAUACUCCGGUAGUGAUCUCGUGCAAUGAGCGCCGCCGUGAGGUCGCCGCGACACAAAUUAUUGCCAAUAAGCAGAUUGAUCGGACCUUUGCAUUUGACAAGGUGUUUGGUCCAGCAUCGAAGCAGAAGGAUUUGUUUGAGCAAUCUAUCUCACCAAUAGUAAAUGAGGUCCUUGAGGGCUAUAAUUGCACAAUUUUUGCUUAUGGGCAAACUGGUACUGGGAAAACCUACACAAUGGAGGGAGGUGGAACUAGAAAGACCAAGAAUGGUGAACUCCCAACUGAUGCUGGAGUUAUCCCAAGGGCUGUUAGGCAAAUCUUUGACAUUCUUGAAGCCCAGUGCGCUGAGUACAGCAUGAAAGUCACCUUCCUUGAGCUCUACAACGAAGAAAUCACUGAUUUGUUGGCCCCUGAAGAACCAAAGUUCCCUAUUGUUCCUGAAGACAAGACAAAGAAGCCUAUUGCCCUCAUGGAAGAUGGCAAAGGAGGCGUUUUUGUGAGAGGGCUUGAAGAAGAAGUCGUGUACUCCGCUGGUGAAAUCUACAAAAUUCUUGACAAGGGUUCUGCAAAGAGGCGCACUGCAGAGACACUGCUGAACAAGCAAAGUAGUAGGUCACACUCCAUUUUCUCUAUCACAAUUCACAUCAAGGAACUGACUCAUGAGGGUGAGGAGAUGAUCAAAAUUGGGAAGCUUAAUCUAGUCGAUCUAGCUGGUUCAGAAAAUAUCUCACGGUCAGGUGCUAGAGAUGGCAGAGCGAGAGAGGCUGGGGAGAUCAACAAGAGCUUGCUGACACUUGGUCGAGUCAUCAAUGCUCUUGUUGAACACUCUGGACAUGUCCCAUACAGAGAUAGCAAACUGACAAGAUUGCUAAGAGACUCAUUGGGAGGGAAAACAAAGACUUGCAUUAUUGCCACAAUAUCACCUUCAGUAUAUUGUUUGGAAGAGACACUGAGCACACUGGACUAUGCACACCGUGCUAAAAAUAUCAAGAACAAGCCUGAGGUGAACCAAAGGAUGAUGAAAUCUGCUGUGAUCAAGGACCUGUACUCUGAAAUUGACCGUCUUAAGCAAGAGGUGUUUGCUGCAAGAGAGAAGAAUGGUAUAUACAUUCCAAGAGAACGCUACCUCCAAGAGGAAGCCGAGAAAAAGGCCAUGACAGAGAAAAUUGAGCGUCUGGGAGCUGAUUUAGAGGCUAGGGAUAAGCAAUUGGUUGAACUAAAAGAGCUUUAUGAUGCUGAACAACUUUUGAGUGCAGAGUUGAGUGAAAAACUCGGGAAGACGCAGAAAGAUCUGGAGGACACCAAGAAUGUUCUGCAUGAUUUAGAAGAAAAAUACAAUGAAGCAGAGUCAACCAUUAAGGAAAAGGAAUAUGUCAUCUUUAAUUUAUUAAAGUCAGAAAAAUCACUGGUAGACUGUGCAUAUAACCUCCGUGCGGAAUUGGAAAAUGCAGCAGCAGAUGUUUCAGGGCUAUUUUCCAAAAUAGAGCGUAAAGACAAGAUAGAAGAUGGGAACAGGUCACUCGUGCAGAGAUUUAGAUCUCAACUGACCAAUCAGCUGGAUACCUUGCAUAAAACUGUGUCCACCUCAGUCAUGCAGCAGGAGAAUCACCUCAAAGAAAUGGAAGAUGAUAUGCAAUCCUUUGUAUCUUCAAAAGAUGAGGCUGCUCAAGGGCUAAGGGAGAGCAUACAAAAGUUGAAACUUCUCCAUGGUUCAGGCAUUACAGCUUUGGAUAGUUUAGCAGGUGAAAUUGACAUGAACUCUCAGUCAACAUUUGAGAGAUUGAACUCGCAAGUGCAAUCACACACGUCAUCUCUUGAGCAAUGUUUUGGAGGAAUUGCUUCAGAAGCAGACAAUUUGUUAAAUGAGCUUCAGUGUAGCCUUUCUAAACAAGAAGAGAGGUUAACCCAAUUUGCAAAGAAGCAGCGGGAGGGACACUUACGAGCUGUGGAAGCAUCACGGUCCAUCUCAAAGAUCACUGCUGGUUUCUUCAGCUCACUUGAUGUUCAUGCAUCUAAGCUCACGAGUAUUUUGGAAGAAACGCAAAGUGUGCAAGAUCAACAACUUCUUGACCUUGAGAAGAAAUUUGAGGAGUGUGCAGCUAAUGAAGAAAAACAACUUCUAGAGAAGGUGGCAGAGAUGCUUGCAAGUUCCCAUGCAAGGAAGAAGAAGCUGGUCCAAACAGCAGUAGGUAACCUUCGAGAGAGCGCUGUAAACCGCACAAGUCACCUACAGAAUGAAAUUUCAACUGCCCAGGACUUCACUUCGUCCGUGCGGGAAAAGUGGGGCUUUUACAUGGAAGAAACUGAGAAGAAUUACAUUGAAGAUACCACUGCAGUGGACAGUGGAAGGUCGUGCUUGGCAGAAGUGCUUGUGGAAUGUAAGGCAAAGACAACCAUGGGUGCACAACAGUGGAAGAACGCCGAGGACUCUCUUUUCAGCCUUGGCAAAGGAAAUGUGGAAUCGGCAGAUUCAAUAGUCAGGACUGGAACCGAGGCUAACCAAUCGCUGCGUUCCAAAUUGUCGUCUGCGGUAUCAACUACCCUUGAAGAAAUAGAUAUAGCAAACAAGGCCCUUCUUUCUUCCAUCGACAGUUCACUAAAACUUGACCAUGAUGCGUGCGCAAACAUUGGCUCCAUAAUCAAACCAUGCCAUGAGGAAAUAAGCGAGUUGAAGGGAGGACAUUACCACAGGGUUGUUGAGAUUACUGAAAAUGCUGGGAAAUGCCUAGAGGAAGAAUAUCUGGUGGAUGAACCAUCAUGUUCGACUCCGAGAAGGCGGCAAAUCGACCUGCCAAGCAUGGAAUCCAUUGAGCAGUUGCGAACCCCGGAUUACGAUGAGCUUCUCAAAUCAUUCCGAGAGUCGAGGGCGAGUUUGAAGCAGGCAAAUGGAGACAUGAAGCAUUUCUUAGAGGUGCAAGAAGCUACACCACCAUCAAUCACAGACCCGAGAGCUCCUCUUAUAGCAAGAAAUUAGAUUUAUAGAGUGAAUGUACAAAAGGAACAAAUUGUUUAGCUUUGAUUUUUGGGGUAUUGAUUUACUGUUGAUAGUGCCAUUCGAUUUAUUGCUGCUGUUGGUUGGGAUGGGAGGUCUGAAGCUGAUCUGUUUGUAGAGAUCAGUAGAAAGGCAUGUGUAUUUACUACUGCAUAAUUGAGGAUAAUGUUAGCUCUAGUGUAAUAUAUAUCCACACAGGUAACAAUGACAAGUGCUAGUACAGAUUUGACUCA